AUGCAGCAACAACCAUCAGGGUAUCGACCAAUUGUUCCGGCUCCCCCAACAUCACAAGCCUUUGUCCCAAUAUCUCCUCACCAUUCUCCUUCGACUCAUCCAUCCCCUCACCAUUCUCCCCCGGCUCAUCCUAAUCCUCAACAAAGCGUUAUUAGUUUACCUUUCGAAACGCCGCCCGUAUCGCCUUUCUCUCAUCCAAUGCAUAAUGAUUAUGCAGGGCAAUUUAAGCUUCCGCCUCCUCUGCAGCCUUUGACACCCUUAGCAAUGCCUGGUUCUCAACACAUGAUGCUUCCUGUUUCCCCAACGGCUAUUAUGUCUCAACAACAAAAUUGUGUAUCCGCACCACGAGCGCAGCAACCUUCACAAUCCUCACAAUCUAGAUAUGAGCGCAUUCUGCCAAAACAGACUGGACCUUCUACCUCCGUCCUCCCAAUAACUUUAAAUCAAUCUUCAGGAAGCACAUCAACCCAAAACGGUACUCGACCAGCAAUGCAAUAUCAUACAUCCAUUAUUCAUCCUCUCGUACCACAUCACCAUAACUAUCGUUCGGCCUCUUCGGACAAACCUCUUACCACAGCCGAUCAACGUGAACUAGCGCGUAAGGUUUCUCAUUCGGCUAUUGAGAGGAGACGUCGUGAACGUAUUAAUGACAAGAUAUUACAAUUAAAAGAAUUAAUCCCAAGCUGUGCCGAUCAAGAUCAUUUACACAAACUAAGUAUCCUUCAAAGUGCCAUAGAAUAUAUUCAAUACUUGCAGGGUAUAGUCGCAGCUUCCAGGCAAAGGGAGAGAGAUGGUAAGGACGAUGGUAGGUCAUCGGAGGAUGGUAGACUCGUUAAACGUUCUAAAUUCGAUCGCUACGAUAUUCUACCGCCAAAUUCAAGAAAGUUUGACUCUUUUGACGAUCGCGAAGAGUAUAGACACAAAAAGGGUUCGACUUCAUCCUCUUCACCAUCUUCUCCUGACCAAGAGAAGACUAGUGAAAAUGUUGACGACUCUGAAAAAGAAGUCAAGUCCGAUGAUGAUGACGCAACUUCCACAGAUGCUACGACGAAAGCCGUCACGUCAUCAUCUUCACCUAUAUCGCAUGAUCACGAGGACGCAAAGGCUUUGUUGAUGUUGUCAAACUCUGAGUCAUCAAUGAACGAAGAUUCCGGAAAACAAACAACCACCAAAGAUUCAGAGACACAGACAUCACCGACUCAGAUGUGGGAACCCUCUCAGGAAUCAGAUUCCCAUGAAUCAGAUCAUGAGGAAGAAUCUCCUAGACGUGGAAUGACGGUUCAACAAAUGUUGUGUUAA